AUGGAGCUGCUGGUCAUGGCCUACGCCCUCAAGACUAACUGUGCCAAGAACAUCAUAGGGGUCAUCCCCUACUUCCCUUACAGCAAGCAGUGCAAGAUGAGGAAGAGGGGCUCCAUUGUCUGCAAGCUGCUGGCCUCCAUGCUUGCUAAAGCUGGUAUGAUACUAUAUUGUUACUGUAUGCAUCAUGUGAUUUUUCUCAUUGUUGUGAUACCAAGAAUGAUGUUUUUGCAUAGUAGGUUACGAUGUUGUAGAAAGGUAGUUUAAAACACUGCUAAGUUAAGUUGUACACAAAUGGUAGGAGUUCUACGCGUAGCUAUUAGCAUUGACAUAUUGUUGGCAAGAUGCCAACCCUGUAUAGACCUCUAGGAAUGAGGCUUAAAAAACAAACAAAAAAUGUACUGUGAGGUAACGCAGCCUGGUCUCAUAGACUAGACGUAACAUAGUAAAUGUAAUACCGGGACACUCAAAAAAAGCAUAAUAUGUUACGUAUGGAAUGGUUACAUAAGACAGAUGAUUACUUAAGGCAAAAAUUUAAGUAGGGUGGGUGGGCUUAUAAGACGAACAUCUAACAACCCAAAGAUUGCGAGUUCGAAUCUCAUCCCAGACAACUUUAGCAUGUGAGCUAAUUAGCAACUUUUCAACUACUUACUACCUUUAGCUCAUUUGCAACUACUAGCAUGUUAGCUAACCCUUUCCCUAACCUUAACCCUUUUAGCUAACCUUAACCGUAUCAUACGUCUUGAAAAUUCGUAACAUACUACUGUUUGGAAAUUCGUAACACGUACAUUUCGCAAAUUCGUAACAUAUAAUACAAAUUGUAAUUUAUAACAUAUCAUACGAAAUGGGUGAUGGACAUCCACAAAUUAAUACAUACCAUACGAAAUGUAACAUAUCAUACUAAAUGCUCUGACACCAGGUUGGGUAACGUUACACCAUAACAAGUCCAUCAACUCAGUCACCACGUACAGCUAGCAGAAAAGCGAACGGUCAUAUAUGGUAUUUUAGUAGGAGAACGCUUAUAUGUAUCACCAUGCAAAAGCUAACACCCUGACUAGACUGGCCAUGUUACAUGCGCGAGUAUUGCAAAAUAAAUGUACACAUGCAUGUUAUUCAAUUUCAUCCACAUUGCUCGCGUGUCAACGAGCGUCUGCGUUGCCGAACGCUAAAAUAUAACUUUGUUUGGUUUUCAUGAGGAUACAAACCCACGUGGGUGCUUCAACGACGAACAAGAGAGACUAAGCAAAGAUAACUAACUAAAAACUAAUUAACUAAUUAGUUUUCCCAUUUUGUCUGUGGAUUAAUCGACGGAGUAGAGAAACACAAUUUUGUAUGACUCCGGGACAUAAAUUAUACAAAGAACCAGCUAAAAAGAGGACCAUAUGCAUGUCAGGUAAAAUAACAACCCAAUGUUCAUCUCCCAGGACAAACUAGCUAGCAACAGCUAGCUAGCUAGCUAGCUAAAUGUCCAUGAACGUUUCAUGUGUGUUUUGACCUUCCCCAAAAUUAAUAUAAUUGAUUAACAGUUGGUUUUGGUAUUUAACCUGCGUGUCUUGAUCGUGUCUGGUGGGGAUGGUUAAUGAUCAUGGCCGCAUGGACAUACGCACGAGCCGGGCUAGCUAGGGUGUUGCUUGACCCACUGGUGUUUUCACAGGGCUAACUCACAUCAUCACCAUGGACCUACACCAGAAGGAGAUCCAGGGCUUCUUCAGUUUCCCCGUUGAUAACCUGCGUGCCUCCCCCUUCCUGCUACAGUACAUCCAGGAGGAGGUGAGACUACAUUACUCAGAAUCCUCUUCAGUCUCUUGUAUCAUCUCAAUCAUUAUCUAGAUGUAUUUGUUGACUAGAGUUUAGUUUUAAUGUGGUGUUGAACUGUGAAAUCAUGUUGGAUAAUGCUUAUUUGUUACCAAAAACUGUCUCCCUCUUUCUAGAUUCCAGACUACAGAAAUGCCAUUAUCGUUGCAAAGUCCCCUUCGGCGGCCAAGAGGUAACAUAAAGGUUGGGAGUUUUCCAGCAAGAUAGAUGGUGAAUGAUGUGAUUGUGAUUUAUGUUUGCUUGUAUGUAUUUAAAUCAUUUUCUGUGUGUUUGUUCCAGAGCUCAGUCCUAUGCUGAGAGGCUGCGGCUGGGCCUGGCGGUGAUGCAUGGGGAGGCCCAGUGUUCAGAGUCUGACAUGGCCGAUGGCAGACACUCUCCCCCUCCACUGUCUUCAGGACGCACCACCUCUGGCCACCCUGGUCUGGAGCUGCCAUGUAAGAUACCCCUGACACACAUAUGCGUGUACACACACACACACACACACACACACACACACACACACAACCACUAGAAAAUACCCCUGCCUUUGACCCUAACACACACAAAUCAGUGUUACUGCUCUUCAACCUGUCCAUCACCCACAGACUACAAAGCAUAUUCAGCAAACAUAUUUGAGGUGUUGCUCUCCUCAUGUAUGUAGUAAUCUGCCUAGUCAGCAGACAGUGCUUGUUUACCACUAGUGUCAGGACAGGAUGAGUUGAGCCCUGACUCUAUCAGAUGAAUCCAUGGAGAGUUAAUGAGCCUGAGCCGCAGGGUUAAACCCCCACUGCUUAUGGGGAGUAGACGGCACUGGGAUGAGUCUCCCGUGUAGCAUGCAUUCACUUGUGAAUGCACGUACACCCAGACUCUGAUCCUAUCCAUUUAUAGAGACACUGUAAAACAUGGCAUUGGGUCAAAGUGAGGCUUUAUAGAGAUCUAAUGGAACAGUAUUUACAGAAAAGAGAACACUGUAUUUUACAUUUAUGGACUGGAAAAGUGGUAAUCUGUCCAAAUAACAACCCAUAACCCAGAGAAAGUUAUUUAAUUAUUAAAUAUCCCGCCCUGAAUGCCCUAAGGCACCAGUAGCAAAGAGGACCUCCACACAUUGUCCUCAUGCUGACCAUGUACCACUGGAGUGUCCAGCCAGUCAGGGCUGUAGUAUGUGUUGGUUCAGCAGCAAAGCACUCCUUCUCAGGAGCCUGACACUACUGCAGAUGCCUGAGAAAUACUGCAGGCAAUAACAGGCAUCCCCUCUACCCUCCUCUUCAUUCCCCUCUCCUCCACACAGCCUCUGGAUUUCUCUUCUCACCCUCUUUUUUCCCCCCUCCUUUUAUACAGUGACUAUUUCUUUUCUCUCGUACUUCUCUCCAUUUCUCCGCUCCUUUAUACAGGAACAGGGUUGGUCUCCCUUUAUCAAAACAGCAGCUAAAUUCAGAUACGGAGCAAAGUGACACCUUUAAAUCUUUAUAUUAAACCUUAUUUUAUUGUAUUCCUUGGAUAAAUAGGACCAGAAAGCCUGUCUUAAGUUCUGGAGUUGUCUGUCAGUAUGCUGCCUUUGUCUGUCUGUCUAUUUUAUAUUUCUCUGUAUAUGACAGUGUUAACAUAUACCAUUUAUCUUUUGAAGACACGGGGAGGCACCAGGCUCCAUUCCCAGGCAUAGAGCUCCCAAGUACGACCGUCACGCUCCACUCUCUCUUCCUCUAACCCCCAUCCUGCAAUACUAUCUGCGAUGGCCUUAUACCUGCCUGCAUGUAAUGUUGAGGUCUACUGAGGGACUUUCCAUUUCUACUAGGACUGAAUUUCUAAAUUCCCCUUUUGAAAAUCUCAGUUAAGUGUUUAGACGGGGGGGGGUGGGGGUCAAACAGACGCGGGGGUUUGAGUAAAAAUAAAAUAAAAAAUCAGUGGAAAAGAUAUCUGUCGACAUUGAAAUGACUAAAACCAAAUCGAAUGUGUAGAAAUGAUAAUCCUACAAUUAUAGUCUUGGCACUUUUCACUCAGCCUGCUAGCAGUCAUCGAAAUGAAAGCUAUUCAGUCGGGGAGCAUCGGAAAUGAGAGGACAAUUUUUUUAUUUUUGUGCUGCCCUCCGGACCUCAGUGAAGACCGAAGACACCCCUGGUUUAUACUGUUGGCUGUCACCAAAUUUGGUAUGAUUACUGAUACAAGAUAUCUAUAAAACAGCAGAUUUCUUUACCUCAAAUUGGUGUCACGGUCUUUCAUAUAUUCCCAAGCUUACAUUGUACGGUAUUCCUCACUUGAUACAUUUUUGACAUUACAUGCCUUUUGUCUAUUACACAAUUAACUGUGAAUUUCCAAAAUGGUAAUAAAAUCAUCACAUUCAACCCUGCCGAUAGCAAUAAGAAUCUUCUGGAUGCAUUCAUGCAAGCAACAUGGAAAAAUACAUGGCUCUUCCCAUGUAUACUUUGGAGAUGCACUACAAUUAAUACCAGUUUGAAACCAUGUGGCUUGUCAACAUUCCCUUCAACAUGCCUCUCAUCCUCAAAUGUAGCAUUUAUCUGACUUUUGACCCCUUUUAAAGCAACCAACAAAAUGGCUACUAAUGCAAAUGCCUUACCAGAGGGCACUUACUGUAUUCCACUGCCAGGUUGGUGAUGGGCAUCAAUUUUAUGGGGCCAAUCAUUGCCCCAUAAAUGUUAUGCCGUUUGGGAAAUGUAACUACAGUUGAAGUCGGAAGUUUAAAUACACUUAGGUUGGAGUCAUUAAAACUCGUUUUUCAACUACUCCACAAAUUUCUUGUUAACAAACUAUAGUUUUGGCAAGUCGGUUCUUCUGACAUCUUAUUUGUGCAUGACACAAGUAAUUUUUCCAACAAUUGUUUACAGACAGAUUAAUUCACUGUAUCACAAUUCCAGUGGGUCAGAAGUUUACAUACACUAAGUUGACUGUGCCUUUAAACAGCUUGGAAGAUUUCAGAAAAUGAUGUCAUUGCUUUAGAAGCUUCUGAUAGGCUAAUUGACAUCAUUUGAGUCAAUUGGAGGUGUACCUGUGGAUGUAUUUCAAGGCCUACCUUCAAACUCAGUGCCUCUUUGCUUGACAUCAUGGGAAAAUCAAAUGAAAUCAGCCAAGACCUCAGAAAAAAGAUUGUAGACCUCCACAAGUCUGGUUCAUCCUUGGGAGCAAUUUCCAAAUGCCUGAAGGUACCACAUUCUUCUGUACAAACAAUAGUACGCAAGUAUAAACAACAUGGGACCACGCAGCCAUCAUACCGCUCAGGAAGGAGACGCGUUCUGUCUCCUAGAGAUGAACGUACUUUGGUGUGAAAAGUGCAAAUCAAUCCCAGAACAACAGCAAAGGACCUUGUGAAGAUGCUGGAGGAAACGGGUACAAAAGUAUCUAUAUCCACAGUAAAACGAGUCCUAUAUCGGCAUAACUUGAAAGGCCGCUCAACAAGGAAGAAGCCACUGCUCCAAAACUGCCAUAAAAAAACCAGACUACGGUUUGCAACUGCACAUGGGGACAAAGAUCAUACUUUUUGGAGAAAUGUCCUCUGGUCUGAUGAAACAAAAAUAGAACUGUUUGGCCAUAAUGACCAUCGUUAUGUUUGGAGGGUGGCUUGCAAGCCGAAGAACACCAUCCCAACCGUGAAGCACGGGGGUGGCAGCAUCAUGCUGUGGGGGUGCUUUGCUGCAGGAGGGACUGGUGCACUUCACAAAAUAGAUGGCAUCAUGAGGGAGGAAAAUUAUGUGGAUAUAUUGAAGCAACAUCUCAAGACAUCAGUCAGGAAGUUAAAGCUUGGUUGCAAAUGGCUCUUCCAAAUGGACAAUGUUGUGGCAAAAUGGCUUAAGGACAACAAAGUCAAGGUAUUGGAGUGGCCAUCACAAAGCCCUGACCUCAAUCCUAUAGAAAAUGUGUGGGCAGAACUGAAAAAGUGUGUGCGAGCAAGGAGGCCUACAAACCUGACUCAGUUACACCAGCUCUGUCAGGAGGAAUGGGCCAAAAUUCACCCAACUUAUUGUGGGAAGCUUGUGGAAGGCUACCCGAAACGUUUGACCCAAGUUAAACAAUUUAAAGGCAAUGCUACUAAAAUAUUAAUUGAGUGUAUGUAAACUUCUGACCCCUUGGGAAUGUGAUGAAAGAAAUAAAAGCUGAAAUAAAUAAUUCUCUCUACUAUUAUUCUGACAUUUCACAUUCUUAAAAUAAAGUGGUGAUCCUAACUGACCUAAGACAGGGAAUUUUUACUAGGAUUAAAUGUCAGGAAUUGUGAAAAACUGAGUUUAAAUGUAUUUGGCUAAGGUGUAUGUAAACAUCCGACUUCAACUGUAUGUCUCUAACUCCAAUGGAGAUGAAGGAAACGUUGCAAGCACCUCAGAGGCCGAAUGAGGCAUGAUGACAAGCUUGGUUGGGUUCCCCUGCAUCCUUUUUCUUGAUCAAUUCCUAGUUUAGAAUUUUUUGUGCUAUCUUGGUGAUUCAGCAACGGUAUGAUUGUAGUUUAUUUAAAAACUCAACCCCCUCCCCCUCCCCCAAGCCUUAAAAAUCUAUUUAUUUUAACAAAAUAAUUUUGUUGCUAAUGUCCACCUCUGAGUUCCAAGUAGAGCCUCAUGAUUCAACCCUGAGAGUUUUUAAAUAUGCAGACAUUUGGUUGGACACCUCUGGGCUGAUGAUGAGGAAACUGGUUUGAAGUUGGUUAUGAUUUGGCAUGGGGUUGCUGUGUGGAUCCCUAAAUCCCAAACCGGAUGUUUUAUUUGUGGGAAGGAAGACAGCUCUAUACACAUGAGCCAUGUGUUGCUACCAUCACAAUAUGCCUGAAGCUGCCCUAUACUUACACCAAAUCAAAAAUUAUAAUGACCUAAAUGGGGUAAUUUAACCUACAGUGGGGAAAAAAAGUAUUUAGUCAGCCACCAAUUGUGCAAGUUCUCCCACUUAAAAAGAUGAGAGAGGCCUGUAAUUUUCAUCAUAGGUACACGUCAACUAUGACAGACAAAUUGAGAAUUUCUUUUCUCCAGAAAAUCACAUUGUAGGAUUUUUAAUGAAUUUAUUUGCAAAUGAUGGUGGAAAAUAAGUAUUUGGUCACCUACAAACAAGCAAGAUUUCUGGCUCUCACAGACCUGUAACUUCUUCUUUAAGAGGCUCCUCUGAACCUCCACUCGUUAUCUGUAUUAAUGGAACAUGUUUGAACUUGUUAUCAGUAUAAAAGACACCUGCCCACAACCUCAAACAGUCACACUCCAAACUCCACUAUGGCCAAGACCAAAGAGCUGUCAAAGGACACCAGAAACAAAAUUGUAGACCUGCACCAGGCUGGGAAGACUGAAUCUGCAAUAGGUAAGCAGCUUGGUUUGAAGAAAUCAACUGUGGGAGCAAUUAUUAGGAAAUGGAAGACAUACAAGACCACUGAUAAUCUCCCUCGAUAUGGGGCUCCACGCAAGAUCUCACCCCGUGGGGUCAAAAUGAUCACAAGAACGGUGAGAAAAAAUCCCAGAACCACACAGGGGGACCUAGUGAAUGACCUGCAGAGAGCUGGGGCCAAAGUAACAAAGCCUACCAUCAGUAACACACUACGCCGCCAGGGACUCAAAUCCUGCAGUGCCAGACGUGUCCCCCUGCUUAAGCCAGUACAUGUCCAGGCCCGUCUGAAGUUUGCUAGAGUGCAUUUGGAUGAUCCAGAAGAGGAUUGGGAGAAUGUCAUAUGGUCAGAUGAAACCAAAAUAUAACUUUUUGGUAAAAACUCAACUCGUUGUGUUUGGAGGACAAAGAAUGCUGAGUUGCAUCCAAAGAACACCAUACCUACUGUGAAGCAUGGGGGUGGAAACAUCAUGCUUUGGGGCUGUUUUUCUGCAAAGGGACCAGGACGACUGAUCCGUGUAAAGGAAAGAAUGAAUGGGGCCAUGUAUCGUGAGAUUUUGAGUGAAAACCUCCUUCCAUCAGCAAGGGCAUUGAAGAUGAAACGUGGCUGGGUCUUUCAGCAUGACAAUGAUCCCAAACACACCGCCCGGGCAACGAAGGAGUGGCUUCGUAAGAAGCAUUUCAAGGUCCUGGAGUGGCCUAGCCAGUCUCCAGAUCUCAACCCCAUAGAAAAUCUUUGGAGGGAGUUGAAAGUCUGUGUUGCCCAGCGACAGCCCCAAAACAUCACUGCUCUAGAAGAGAUCUGCAUGGAGGAAUGGGCCAAAAUACCAGCAACAGUGUGUGAAAACCUUGUGAAGACUUACAGAAAACGUUUGACCUGUGUCAUUGCCAACAAAGGGUAUAUGACAAAGUAUUGAGAAACUUUUGUUAUUGACCAAAUACUUAUUUUCCACCAUCAUUUGCAAAUAAAUUCAUUAAAAAUCCUACAAUGUGAUUUUCUGGAGAAAGAAAAUUCUCAUUUUGUCUGUCAUAGUUGACGUGUACCUAUGAUGAAAAUUACAGGCCUCUCUCAUCUUUUUAUGUGGGAGAACUUGCACAAUUGGUGGCUGACUAAAUACUUUUUCCCCCCACUGUAGUUGUCCCUUUGUCAAAAUAUUGACUUUUCAGGAUUAUACUGUAGUGGUUGUGGCAGUCUGUGGACAUUGAGUUAGAGCUGUCUUGCAUAAUUUUUACAGGUGUUGAACUUGAUCCCUUCUUACUCAAUCUCCUCUCCCAAUAACUUUAAUGCAUUUUUUUCUCAGCACCACUGUUUUGAAAGUAAUGAUAAACCUCUCUCUUUUUCUCUUUCAGUAAUGAUGGCCAAGGAGAAACCACCUAUAACUGUAGUGGGAGAUGUGGGAGGCCGCAUCGCUAUCAUUGUUGUAAGAAUUUGAUCGUCUUUCUCAAUUCUAUUCAACUUUAACCCCUAUGGGACAAAAAACUGCAUUGUCCAAGCUAUUGCUAAUAAGAAAGAUUAAAGUGUUAUAUAAACUAUUGAAGUUUCACUCUCACUGUUCUGAGGAAGUCCUCAUGUAAGAUGUAUUUGGACAUAUUGUAUGAUACAGCGCAAGUGGUUUAUUUAGUUAGAGCAAAAUAACAACAGUUAUUAGAGUCUAAGUCCUUCCUUUCUUGUCGUUUCCCUCUCUCAGGAUGACAUCAUAGACGACGUGGAGGACUUUGUGGCGGCCGCUGAGAUUCUGAAAGAGAGAGGGGCCUAUAAGAUCUACAUUAUGGCGACACACGGCCUGCUCUCAGCAGAGGCCCCACGGCUCAUAGAGGAGUCCGCCAUCGAUGAGGUAAGACAAAGGACACAAGCCGUACUCACAGGUUUUUAUUAAGCGCAAGAUGGAUGUCUUUUCUAACAUCAACACAACUGACAAUUAUUGUAAGUAGUCUGCUGCUCCGAUAUGUGAAGCAGCUCAAGAUUGGAAUUAUGUCUAUUUGCCGGAUCAGUCAAACAAAUCUAUGCUUUCUUAAAAAGGUAAGUGCACAAACCGAUACCCAAAUACAGUUAUAUGCAAUGCAUACUCAAAAAACCCUUAGAAUACACUGCUGUUUUCCAAUGGGGGCUGAAUAAUUCAGAGGGCAUUCUUAAACAUAGUCCCUGCUGUAACCUGGCUCUCCAUUUUGUGUCAUUGUGCCCCUCCCCAGGUGGUGGUAACCAAUACAGUCCCUCAUGAGGUCCAGAAGCUCCAGUGUCCCAAGAUCAAGACAGUGGACGUCAGUAUGAUCCUGGCCGAGGCCAUCCGACGCAUCCACAACGGAGAGUCCAUGGCUUACCUGUUCCGUAACAUCACAGUAGAUGACUGA